CAAAGCGUCACCGGGCGAAACAGCGAAGAAACGGUUGAUAGUCCACCGCCGGCGGCCGGAGGAGGGAGCGCCGCUUGGGGGGCCAUGGCAGACUCGAAGGCUUCGUAGCCCAACCAAACCCCGAGCGGGAUCCCCCUCCGACACUGUAUCCGCCGCCGCUGCCGCCUCCCCGCGCCCCGGCCCCCGCCGCCUUGCGCUCUGCGGGAGAUGGAACAGCGGAGCCCGCUCUGCAGCCUCGGGUACCUGCCGCCGCCGCCGCUUCUGCUGCUGCUGCACGCCCUGCCGCUCUUGCUGGCCGACGCUACAUUUACAGAAGUCCCCAAAGAUGUGACAGUUCGUGAGGGAGACGAUAUCGAAAUGCCCUGCGCGUUCCGAGCUAGCGGAGCCACCUCUUAUUCCCUGGAGAUACAGUGGUGGUACCUCAAGGAGCCGCCCAGGGAGCUGCUGCACGAGCUGGCGCUCGGCCUGCCAGGCUCCAGGAGCAAGGUAACAAGUAAGGAUGCAACUAAAAUUAGCACUGUGCGAGUCCAGGGCAAUGACAUCUCGCACAGGUUGCGACUGUCAGCAGUGCGACAACAGGACGAGGGAGUGUAUGAGUGCAGAGUGUCUGACUACAGUGACGAUGAUACGCAGGAGUACAAAGCCCAGGCGCUGCUGCGUGUACUCUCACGCUUUGCUCCUCCUCACAUGCAGGCUGCGGAGGCCGUGUCCCACAUUCAGAGCAGUGGUCCGCGCCGCUCCGGCCCAGCCAGCGCUGCCAAUGUUAAUCACAUGGGUGCCACCUACCCCAUGGAUCGCACCACAUGGGAGCCCAGCCAGGGAGCCAAGAAAAUGCCUCCCAAGAGCCUUCCAUCUGCCCGCAGUCCUAGCGUUCUGGAUCCUGCUGCGGCCGCCUCCUCCGCUGGCCAGGCAGCCACCACCACUGUCACAGCAGUGGCUGCCUCUUCCUCAGCCUCGCAGCCAUCAGGUCAGGCUGUUCUGCACCAAAGGCAUGGCUCAGGCACUGGCCCUAUCUACUCUACAGACCCUCUCCUGUCCCUGUUCCUGUUGGCUCUGCAUAAGUUUCUUCACUGGUUUGUGGGGCACUAAUGCCACAGCUGACUUUACACCCAUUAGACAUUCCAGGCCUACAAAAUCUUGGGGAAGAACCAUGGUGCCAGAUGGACACAGACAAUUUGAGAUAAGCAUGAAAAAUCCAUAUGGAAAAUAAGUUAAUCAUAUUUUUGGAAGUUACAAAAACUGUAGAACACCUAAAAGAUGUAUCUAGUUUCCAAAUAAGAUGGGUUUGGCCCACACAGUCAUGAGAUCAGUGAUUUCUCUACUUCAAUGUACUUUUAUUUUCUAAAAUUUUCCUCCAAGUCUUCAUUUUGCACGAACUGUUGAGCAGUUAUCUGUAGGAUACCAUGUAAAAAUGUUGAACUAAAGCCUUUCUGACAAAGAAAAAAUAUUUUUAGCUAAUUAUUGUGUCUAGGAAUUUUUUAAUUUACUUUUUCUUUUUCUUUGGUGGCUUUUCUUUUUUAUUAAAGUAAAUUAUU